AACAACAUAAUAUAUAAAUAAGAGUAAAUAUAAUUAAUCUUGAUCGUUUCUUGAUUGCAGAACGAUAUCCAUCGCUUGAAAACAAAUGGUACUUUCUCACAUCUAGAGAGAGAAAAUACCCAAGAGGGACCUUACCGAGCAGAAGAACCAAGAACUUUGGAGUUUGGAGAACAACUCAGAAAUAUACAACGGUUUAUAAUGAUAUGAUCAGAGAAGCUGUUGGAAGUAGAAGAAGUUUAACCUUCUAUGAUGACAAGGGAAACAAGACGUUAUGGCGAAUGUAUGAGUACACCACCAAUGAUCCCAAUCUCCCCGUUGGAAGUGAUGGCAACAAGUUGAGCGAUUGUGUGUUGUGCAAAGUUUACAAGAAGGAGACGAUCCUGACCGAUAACAAUAAGCAGUCCGGACAAGUUCCAAACGAACGGAACCAAGAACAAAACCAACCCCAUGAUGAACCUCCAAUUAAAAGACGACGAGUAUCGGCAGGCAAUCAAGCUAAUGGGAUUGAACACAUUCCAAACUCAAAAGCAGAUGUAAUGCCGUAUCAGCAUCCAGUUAACAACAUUGUCGGGUUUGGUCAGCCAAUUCCUCCUCAAACGUUACAGUUCAACCAGGGUACACUUAUGCACACAAGAACAAACCCUGACCAUAGGGGGUCAAAUUCAGCAGUAGAAGCCCCUUUUCAAGUAUUUGCAAGAGAACAAGUUGGACCUUAUUCUGACAGCUACGGUGGUGACACGACGGGAAGGGUUCCCAAUCUACUGACUUCUACAGAGAGUCUACUUGAAGAUCCAACUCUAGUGACUUGGACGGAUGACGGCAUACAUGAAGAUCAAGUGACUUGGAUAAAUAACAAUAUUGAUGUUGAACAAUCUCCACUGACUUUGACUAAAGGCCCGCAUGAAGAUCCAACUCUAAUGACUUCCACGAACAACAUUGCUGAAAAAGAAUUACCGCUGACGACUUUGACACACGGAUGGCACGAAGAUCCAACUCUAUUGACUUGCACAAACAAGAUUCAUGAAGAACAAUCACCGCUGACUUUGACACACAAAUUGUAUGAAGAUCCAACUCUAGUGACUUGGCCAGAGAGUCCUAUUGAAGAUCCAACUUACAAGACAUCGGCAUACUAUGGCUUUGACAAAGAUAUUGCGAGUUUACUAAUGAACAUAUUUUGAGAUUAUAUAUCUUUGUCAUAAAUACAUACACUUUCAACGCCUGUUUAUCCAUUUCAAUUCCUUUGAAUGUUUAGUCGCAUUGCUU